AUGAGAACACCAGCCCCUAUAGUGCCCUCUACAGGACCUAUGCCUGAGGUUGCACCUUUUGCUCCUCCUGCCACACCAGGGACUCCGCCAGUUGAGCAGAUUAUUGCUACCCAGACACAGCAUACUGCCAUUCUUAGGCAGAUACAACAGCACCUGGGUAUUCUAUCACCUCCUGCUAUCCUAUCAGAGCCUACAGAUCCAUCACAUGGCCCUCCUCUAGUAGAGCAGACUAUGCCCCCAGAGGAGACGACUACAGAAGAGACCGAGGCAUCCAUCCCGAGCAUUCCGACCUCUAUAGCAGAGCCAUCAUCUCCACAUGAUCCUCCUACCACUAUCUGA